AAUCCGGUUGCCGCCAUUUUAGAGUGAUAUUAUCCGUUCGGCGUGUGCCUUUGGACGCUCCCGAAUGGUUCAAUAUUUUCUCUCUGCAUCUCGCUAAAAAAACGAUUGUUUUGCGCAUAACCUACUGCAGUAGAGUUAGUGAUUCAAGAUGAGUUACGGCAGACCUCCGCCCGACGUCGAGGGCAUGACAUCUUUAAAAGUCGACAAUCUGACUUACCGCACGUCCCCUGAAACGCUGCGGCGGGUUUUCGAGAAGUAUGGCCGGGUUGGGGACGUCUACAUCCCGAGAGACCGGUACACAAAAGAAAGCCGUGGGUUCGCCUUUGUUCGUUUCCAUGAUAAGCGGGACGCCGAAGACGCAAUGGACGCCAUGGACGGCGCGCUUCUGGACGGACGCGAGCUGCGCGUGCAAAUGGCGCGAUACGGGCGCCCGCCAGAUUCGCAUUACAGCCGCCGUGGAGCCGCGCCGAGGAGGUACGGUGGACAUGGACGGAGAAGCCGCAGCCGUAGUCCUCGGCGCAGGAGGCACAGCAAGUCCAGGAGCAGGAGCCGUUCCCGGUCCCGUAGCAGAUCUCGCUACAGCCGAUCCAGGUCAAGGUCCUACUCCCGUUCCCGGUCUCGGUCCCGUUCCCGCUCCAAAACCCGCACACCACGCAGAAGCAAGUCCAAAUCUGCUUCCAGGUCCCGCUCAAGAUCUAAAUCCAAGUCUCGCUCCAGGACUCCUACUCCGAGAUCAAACAAAGGAUCCAAAUCAAGAUCCCGAUCAAGAAGUAGACCCAAGUCGCCAGAGGAUGCUGGAGCCCCCGCUGAAUCGUGAAAUGUAGGUGAGUCUAAUGCUUUGUAUAGAAGUAAUUACUUUAUUGCAAGUAGGGGGAUUUUUACUUGCAUUCAAUAUUUCUAAUUACAAGUGCAUCUUUUAGUUUUUUUUUUUUUUUUUUAAUAAUCUUUAAAAGUCCUAAACUUGAUUGAUUUGAGCAGACCCCCAUAUAACUCAUGCCUAAAGUGGGGAAAGUAAAGGCAUGCAUUUUAAUAACUUAAAAUAGCUGCUUUAAAAUGAGAAAUACUGUUUCUCGCCCCUCUCUACUUUCCUCUUUCAUCAAGUCCUUCAAGACAUCUGCCAAUGCUGUAGAACGGUAGAUGCAUUAUCUUAAUGGAGGUGUCCGGUUUUACCCGAAGUUUAGUCUGAUUAGAUGCUGUUAUUCACAGCAUCUGUCUGGUGUCUCUGAAUCUGCAUGACUUUUAAAGGUUUAUUUUUAAUACGCACCCUUAACCUCACAUGGAUAUUUGAUUUGGAGCUGUCGUGGGUAGAGAACCGUAAGUAUGUGUUUGUUUUGAAACGUGUACCAGCCAAAUUCCAUUGAUUUCAUCUAAAUGUGGAAUUCUUUCCUCCAAGCUGCUGAUUCCAGUUUGCAAAAGAGGAGUUUGGGGCAGUUUGAGAGCAGUUAGUGUGUGAUCCGACCAUUGGCUGCCUGCUGCUGAUUGGCGGUUGCUAUGGAGCAGGUCGGUCUCAUUGAGUGUUGAGGUGGUGUUGAGGUACGUCUGCAGGACAAUGGACAGACCUUUCCAUCAUCCUUGUCACAAACUCAUGUCUAUCGUGGCAUAGGCAAAAGUGGGAUGGAUACGGGUGUGUUCUCAAAGCCAGUUCAUGCUGUCAGGCUGCUGGGUGUCUGAUAGAGGCCUAAUUAACUUAUUUGGCCAUUUAAUACUAUUCUAACUGGCAGUAAAUGGGAUGUGCUUCAGCUUGCCAACACUUAAAAUGGCUUUGAGAAAUUCAUAUUUCACCCUCAGGUUUGUUGGAUCUUUUCCCUUCAGGUUUCUUGCAGAACAAAUAUCAGGUACACGAGGUUUCUUGCGGAACAAAAAACAGGUCUAUAGAUUGUAAUUAUGGCUAGUUAUUUGUGUGGAAAGUGCCUGUUUGUUCUGUGUACCUGACCAAAGUCGAGCAUUGCGUAAUAUGCAAUGCUUCAUUUUAUGGUGAUUUAUUGUAGAACCUCCUCCACUUUAAUGCUCUUUGAAACUAACUUUAUUAUUCUUUUCUUCUAGAUGAUGUCAACUGGUUGACUCCUCGAGGAUCGCAUCGAACAGAUAUCCGUCUGAGGAUACCCAAAUUAUCCAUAUAAUCAGACCGAAAGGUUAUUGUAAUUUGGUCUAAAUCUUUUAAAAUGACUUGUUUCUGUUGCCCACUAUUGUUUUGUUUCAUACAUUUGAAUUCCAUGUGAUAUUAAAUGGUCUUUAUGCCUAAAUGGGGCUACUAGUUGAAAUCAUUUCUCUUCAUGUUUGCUAGUUUUGUUUUUCUUUCUUUUUUUUUUUUUACUUUGAUAUUGAAACUCCCAGACUAUAAAGUAAGUUCAUUUUAAUUGGGUUUUUGUUCUUAAUAAACAUUAAUGGACAAUUUUGGAUGUUGUGUAUAUUUCUUUUUGACUCUAAAGGACUGUGUACAGACUGUAAUUUGGCCUCUUAAGAAUCAUACUAUGUAAAACCAUGACGUAUUGCAAACCAAGCAUGUUAUGGUUUAAUUGGGAAAUUUCACAACAUGAUUCUAAUAUUCUCUCUUGUGUAUUUUCUAUGCACUAGGCGCAGUUGCGUAGCAGUUGAGUUUUGCUGGUUAGCUGUUAAGGUGGCGUGUUGCGGUGCAGAGUGCUUGGCUGUUUCCAGUAUUCUCCUGAUUGCUCCUGUAUAACACCUUGAUUUGACUGAUUUUUGUUUAAAUUUGGCUGCAGCGUUUGUCUUUUGCAGAAAGAUCCUGUGCAAGUCCUUUUGUGAAAACCCAUUAAGGCAGAUACCUGAGCUUAUUUUACAUCGCCGGAAGAGUUCUAUAAUUUGACAUGCUCAAUUGGUCAUAUGUGAAUGGUAAUAAAGGUUUUCUUUCUGAGCAUGACUGCAUUUUUGUGCAUAGAUUAUUAUUUACUUGUCUGUUUGGUGUAAAUGAGCAAAUGACACCCUCCAUAACUAAAAAUAAAUUGUGCUUUUACAAAAAG